AUGGACUUAAUGAAUAAACUUACAUUAUAAUUUAAGGCUGCAGAUAUUGAAUUAAAAUAUUAAAAACAGUCGAUUUAAAAAUCACUCAAGCCUCUCCAUUUUGGUCUCCUUUUAAUGUCAUUAUUAUUGAAUACAAUUCAGAUAAUUAAAGUAACAACAAGGGAAUCCUUUGAAAUACCAUUUAUCAAUAUCACUUUUGUUGCCCUAACCAUAAUCAGUUUUUACAUUGUAUAUAAAAAGGAUUUUCUAACAUAGAAAAUAAUGACAAUAGAAAAUGCUUAUAUCUUAUUACUGUAAUUAAAUUUUACAGCUAGCAAUAUAGAUGGUUAAGAAUACUAUUUAUAUGGAAGUAGCUUUUCUUUGAUUUAGGCAGUAACAUAUUUUGCUACAGAUUUUUAUUUAAGUUGUCCAUCUGUUAUAUUUCAUUUAAUAUUCAGACUAGUUGCGACUACCUUGUAUGCAGGUAGAUUUGAUUUGGUAGGUUUGGGUCUUACUAUAACUACUGCAGUAUUUUUAAUAAGUGUGUUAUAUAUAUGUAAUAGAGCACAAAGGUAGUAAUUUUUAAUGAAUUACAAAGAAGAUACAAUCAAUUAUCAAUUAUAAACUUUAAUCAAUAAACCUUUUACAAAAAUUAUUUAUAAUGAAAAGAAGCUCUAAAUAGAUGUGCAUUAAGUAAAUUAAGAGUAGUAAUUUUUGGGUUACAAUCAAAAUUUGUGUUAUGGUUGUAAUAUUAGGAAUUUUGUAAGAAAUUGUAAGGUAGGCGAUAGAGCAUUAGNUAAAGAUAGAUCUUUUUUAACAUUCAUUUUCUCAAUUCAAAUAAAUACAUUAAUUAAUUAUAAAAAUUAAAAUUAAGCUUUGUAUGAAAAGUAUUAUAUAUUUAAAGUUAUGUAAAUACUCAAAAUUAAUUUCUUUCCAUUUUAUUAAUUAAUGGUAAUCGUUUCUAAUAUAAUUAAAAAAAUAUCUAAUCUAAUACAAUGUUUAAUAAAAGAAACUAAAAAAACUAAAUCAGAAAAAGUACUCAAGCGUCUUAAUCGAAUUUAUUUUUAUGUUAUUUAACUCAACAGUUAUUUAUGA